CCCACGCAAAUUCAACACACAAAAAAAGAAAAGAAAAAAAAAUUAAGCCGAACCGAAAUCCCCUCAUCCUUCUCGUCUGUUCGUCCCGUCGUCGCCGCCGCCUCAAUCUCGAAGCCUCGGCGAGGGCUAGGGUUUCUGCGUCUCCAUGGGCUCUAAGAAGCGGUCCCCUCAGCAUCCCGCCGCCAGCGACGUCGCCGCCUCAUCCCCCGCUCCAUCCGUCGGCGGCAGCGAGGUCUCCGGCGAUGCUGGCGCACCGACGGCGAGCGGCGGGGCGGUGGUGCCGAAGCCGUCGGAGGUGGCGCCCUUCCUGACGAAGGUGUACGACAUGGUUUCCGACCCUGCGACCGACAAAGUUAUCUCGUGGGCCGAGGGCGGCGGCAGCUUCGUGAUCUGGGACUCGCACGCCUUCGAGCGCGACCUCCACCGGCACUUCAAGCACAGCAAUUUCACCAGCUUCAUACGCCAGCUCAACACUUAUGGAUUUCGUAAAGUUCACCCUGAUAGAUGGGAGUGGGCCAAUGAAGGUUUUAUUAUGGGCCAAAAACAUCUUUUGAAGACCAUCAAGAGGAGGAAGAAGUCUUCUCAGGAAGCACCUAGCGAGAUACAGAAGGCUACUGUCAAAACUGCACCUGGCACUGAAAAUAUUGAGAUAGGAAAAUAUGGUGGCCUCGAAAAGGAGGUUGAAACCCUUAAGAGGGAUAAAGCUCUUCUCAUGCAGCAGCUCGUAGAUCUUAGGCACUACCAGCAAACAUCUAACCUUGAAGUUCAGAACCUAAUUGAACGGCUUCAGGUAAUGGAACAAAACCAGCAGCAGAUGAUGGCACUUCUAGCGAUUGUUGUCCAGAAUCCUAGUUUUCUCAAUCAGCUUGUGCAGCAGCAGCAGCAGCAGAGAAGAACCAGCUGGUGGAAUCCUGAUGGAAGCAAGAAAAGGAGGUUCCAUGCUCUUGAGCAGGGCCCUGUAACUGAUCAGGAGACAUCUGGCCGCGGGGCACAAAUAAUUGAGUAUCUUCCUACUGUCCCAGAAACAUCUGGUCAAGUAACUCCAAUGGAAGGAGCCAUUUGUUCACAACCAGUUCCAAGUCCUGCAGUUGCCACACCCAUGGACAUGCAAACAACGUCUAACAUUGGUGAUACUCUUGGUUCAUCUGAGGAGCCUUUCACUGACAAUUCUACAUUACAUGAAUGGGAUGAUAGUGAAAUGCAACUUCUGUUUGAUGAUAACCUGGACCCCAUACUUCCACCAUUUGAGAAUGAUGGCCAAGUCGAGGCUCCUUUGAGUAUUCAAGAUUAUGAUUUUCCGCAGCUAGAGCAGGAUUGUCUGAUGGAAGCACAAUAUAACUGCAACAACCCUCAAUAUGGUAAUGCUGAUGUCAUAACCGAAGCUUGAUUGGUGGUCCAGCAGCACAUUUGGCAGUAACAUUAGCAGGUUUUCGGUGACCAACCUCAGUGCGCAUGAGAUGAGCAGGCAGACGCCUUUGGCAUCCCGGAAUGGCGUGGCCAGAGGGUGUACCGAUGUAUUAUACUGACACAGAGGAAGAUUGUAACACUUGUUGACCAUAUAUGAACUGCUUUACUUUUUCGAGGCAUUUGUUUGGACUGGGGACUUCUUUUUUGUAGUUCUCAUCGUCUUACACUAGCGAUGGCUGCUACCAUCGAAUUCGUUUGAUGUAUAUACUUCGUUUUUUAAAACAUGAGCAGUUUUGUAACUUACCCGCUGUCUUACUUUCACUUUCGCACUUACCUCUGCCUUUUGUACUCGAUCUUUAUAGAUAGUCUAUGUAGAGGCGCCCU